AUGGAAGUAACUAAACGUAAAGCGAACGGAACUUCGUUGACAAAUGGACUUAAACACAAAAAAAAGAAAAAAUCAAAAAAAAAUGACGAACAAGAUUUAGAAAUAACAUAUUUCGAAUCAGAAAUAACUUAUCAUUCUACUGUUACAAAAAUGAAAGUAAAUGCAUUAUUAAAUGAAGUAAGACUAAAAGAAAAUCAACGUACUGAGAUUGAUCAAUUCAUUGAAGAAAUUUCGAAUGAACUUAAAUCGAUUCCUCAAGGAAAAAUUCGACAUCUAUCAAAAAUGUCUGAAUGGCUUGAAAAAUUCGACAUAAAAAUUCCUUUAUCAUUUUCUAAAAUGAAGAAAAAAUUUCAAUUUAUUCCACCAACUGUUAUUCAAGUAAUUGGUUCAUAUACUUAUGAUGGUAUUAUAGUUAAGUCAUCAAAUAAAAUAUCAACAAUUAUUGAUUUACUCGUCGAAAUGCCACGUAUUUGUAUUCAUAAAAAAGAUUAUCUUAACAAUGAAUAUAUCGAAAAACGUGCCAUUUAUCUUUGUUAUAUGGCAAAAAAGCUUAAAUAUUCAUUAGAAUUUUCACAUUUAAAUGAUACAAAACUUAAUCAAGCUGUUUUAAUUGUUAAGCCAAACGAAAAAUCAUCAUUUGCAAUACGAAUUUUACUUGCACCAGAACAAGAUUAUUUUAAUGAAAAACGUUUGUUACCGACAUCAAGCAACCUUCGAUGGAAAUGGUUUAAUGAUAACGACGAUGAAAUAGAACCAUUUUAUUCAACACCAAAUUAUAAUUCAUCUAUUCUGUUUGAUUGUCGUUAUCGAUCAACGUCAGAUUAUUUAAAUAAAUUAUUUAUAUCAUCAAAUGAACUAUGUAGUGGAUUGAAAUUAUUUAAAAUUUGGUUAGAACAACGACAAUUAUCACAUGGAUUUGGUUCAUUUGAAGGUGCUAUGCCAGCAUUUUUAUUAGCUUAUUUAUUACAUACAAAAAAAAUCAAUAAACAAAUGAAUAGUUAUCAAGUAUUUCGGAUUGUUUUAGUUGCAUUAACGGAAAAUGAUUUUUUAUCAUCUCAAUGUUGUUCGUUAACAAAUGAAAAGAUUGUUGAUAAUUUAUUUGUGCAAGAUGAUUGUAUUCUUAUUGAUCAAUCUGGUUUACUCAAUGUAUUUCAUACAUUAACAAGAGCUAAUUACAAAAGAUUAAAACAUGAAGCACAUAUGUCAUUAAAUUCUUUUAACGACCCAGUUAUUGAUCAUUUUCAAACAUUAUUCAUUACUUCUAUGGAACCAAUCUAUAGCAUGGACGCAGUUAUUCAAAUUUCUUCACUUGAUCAAUAUGAAAAACUUCUUGAUGAAAAGUCAAAUAAAAAACAAUUAAUGAUGGAUAAUCUGAAUAAUAAACAUUAUUUAUUAUGCCGAGAACUUCUCGAUCUACUUGAAAAUGCUCUUAAAGAACGUAUCAAUUUACUUUGUCCUCUACCUUCAUUUCGUCAAAUAAUAAAAUCAGUAAUAAAAUUUCGUGAAGCAUCGAAUAUAUAUCAAGAAAAAUUUCAUUCACCUACAAUUCAUACACAUAAUCAAGAAUACAUUGAACAACUUAAUGAAAAAUUAAAACAAUGGAAAAUAAAAACAAUUGAACAAAUUGAUAAUAUAAUAAAACAAAAAUCGGAAGAGAUUAAUCAAUUUUAUAAUGAAUAUUAUGAUGAAAUAAAUAAACAAUAUACAAUUAUCAAUGAACAAAUAGAAAAAAAGAAUUUUUCAGAUGAUCUUCAAGGUCAAAUUGAAUAUUUAUAUAUUUAUUCACAAUUAAAUUCUAUUGAAAAACGUAUACAUUUGAAUACAAAUUUAUUUACCACAAAUCAAUUCUGUGAAAAAAUUAAAUUACAUUAUGCACAUUAUAGAGAAUUAACAACAGAAACAACAAUUGUACCCUUAAAACAAAUGUUCAAAGAUAAAUCUCAAUCAAUUCAAAAUAGACUUUUAUUAUCACGAAGACAACCAACUGCAAAUAUAAUUAAUCAAAAUAAAUCAAAAAAAGAAUGGAUUUUAAAACCAAUAGCAACGUCUUCAACAGAAAUUCCUUUUUCUUUAAAAGAUCAACAUCAUAUAAAAUCAGAAAAGAAUGAUAAUUUAUUAAAUACUUCAAGUCGAUUAUAUACUUCAAAACAUGAACCUACAAUUCCAAUUCUAAUCGAUAAAAAUCGUGAAUUAUGUAAUUCACGAGGAAAAAUAACUGAAUAUACAAUUGAUUCGAUACCUUUGUCUCAAAUUAAACAGAAACAGUUACAAACAUCAAAUGAUGAUACUAAAACAUUAAUUCGUUCUUAUAAAGUUCUUGCAUCCGAUGAUAAUAAUUAUCAGAAUUCAUUAGAACAAAAUAAUCAACUCGAUACUAAUUCUGAAUCAUUAUUAUUUAAUUUAAAAAGUUUUAAUCAAACUAAUUAUUCAACAUUAAUGUUUGCCCAAUGUGAAACGAAAUAUAAUUGUAUAGCUAGUUCAACAAGACGAAAUGAACUAAUGAUACAUAAUUCGAAAUUAAAUAUUCUCUGUAUUUUACAAUGUCAAAAGGAUAAAAAUUUCUGUGACCGUUUUUAUUUAAAAUGGCCAUCAGCUCUUAAUUCAAAUAUAUCUGAUUUAACCUAUUGUCAUACCAAUGAUCAAUAUUUAAUUUCAACAAAUGAUAAUAGUCAUUUAUAUGUAUUCAAUGGAAAUUUAUUAUCUGUAAUUGAUUUAGGCUGUUUAUCUGAUGAUUUACCACUGAAUUAUAUUCAUUGCUAUCAUCAUACUAUUUACUGUGUCUUGGGAAGUCAUAAUCUUGUGGAAUAUCAUUUAGACGAACGCACUUUAAGCCUAACCAUCAAGAAAAAUAUUGAUUUAUUUAAUUCACAUGAUACUAUAUUAGAUAUUACAUGUGAUAAGAAUGAUUUAAUUGUUAUUUAUAAAAAUCAAAAUAAUGAAAUUUAUUUAAGAAAUAUUAACCGAACAACAUUGGCUAUUCAAUUAGAAUUUUUAUUAGAUAAUAAACAAGAAGUUAAAGGAAGUUCUUUACGAAUAGAAUCAACAAAAUACAAAGGAAAUUAUAUUUAUGUGAAUAGUUCACAAAAAUGUUUAAAAAAUAUUGAUUUAACACGUUCUAAAAACAAAAUAAUAACAUCAACUAUGCAACGAAAUAGAUCACCAACAAAUAUUUGUUUAUUAAAAGAUGGUCGAUUAGCUCAAGCAUUUCGAAAAUUAUGGAGUGAACGAUGUGAAUUACGUCGUUUUCCUGAUGGAUCAAUACUUGAAUCUGUUGUAUGGAAUGUUGAUUCUGCCAAAGAUAAACGACUUAUAUGGAUGGAUGCAACUCGAUAUUUAUUAGAAAUACAAGCUGGUAUAUCACCAACUAAUAUUGAAUUUUUCUAUAAUGAUCAAUGUCCUUCAACAUUACUUUCGAUUCCAGCUCGUCUGUUUCCAUCCUAUGGAACAGGUGAUGAACAACAAAUAUAUCUCUGUCGUGAAUUAAUUGAAUUAUCUAAACAAAUUCGAACAUUAAAUAAUGAACUUUCACUUAAAAUAAAUAAUAUUAUUGGUAUUGAUGAGACAUUUCGGUAUACAAAUGUUUUUCCACCAUUACCAUCAUCAUUUCAAACAGAUUUACAUAAAAUUCGAUCAAUUGAACAUGAUAAAUAUGCCUUAAUACCUCGUUCAACAUCACGUUAUGCUCCACCAUUUAGUCAAUCAUUAUUAGUAUUGUGUCAACUUGAAAUGACUACUUCAAAUGAUGAAGGUUUUGAAACACUUGAACGUAUAAAACAUUCAAAGAUUCUUUAUUAUAUACAAUUAUCAAAAUUAUUAAAAGAAAAAUUUCGUUAUAUAUGUCAAGCAACAACAGAUUGUUGUUAUAUUGAAAAAAAUCAUUAUAUUUAUCGUUUAAUUAUUUCAUAUCAUAAAGAAAUCUAUUUAAUUGAAAGUGAAGCUGGUAAAAAAGAUGGAUUAGAACGUACAAUUAAACAAACAAAUUUAUCAAAAAAAUUACGAUAUCAUACAGAAUAUUUACCAAAAAUCAAUGCAGCUAUUUAUGGUGUUAGUCAACAGUUUAUUCAUUAUCAAUUAGUAUCACGUUUAUUUAAACGUUGGCUUUCAUCACAAUUACUUCUAUAUCAUUUCGAUCCGAUUAAUGCAGAUUUACUUUGUUGUUAUAUUUUUCUUCAUUCAGCUCCAUUUGUACCACCAAAAUCGAUGUUAACUGGCUUUUGUCGUGUUCUUCGUCUUCUUCGUGAUUAUGAUUGGAUUAAUGAACCAUUAAUCAUAAAUUUUAAUCAUGAAUUAACAAGAGAACAAGUAUUUGAAAUCCAGACACAAUUUAAAACUGACCGUUCUAAUUUACCAGCUUUAUGUUUAAUGCCUUCAGUAGCUUUUCAUGAUAAUCAAAACCCAAGUGUACCCAUAUUAAAACGUGUGAUACAAUUAGCUAAAGAAGCAUUGGCUUAUCUAAAGACAAAUAAUAGUGAUACGAUGAAAUUUCUUUUUCGACCAAGUCUUAAUUCAUAUGAUGUAAUCAUUAUGUUAAAUCCACUUCAAUGUCCACGUGCUUAUCAAGCUGUUGAUCAUGUAAUAAGUGAAAUAACAUACACGACAAGAAAGAAAUUAACUGAUAAUGAUCAAUCAAUGGAUGAAAACAAAAAAUGUUUAUCUAUUGUUGAUUAUGAUCCAGCUCAAUUAUUUGUUAAUGAAUUACGAACAUCCUAUAAUGAUCAAGCAGAAUUUUUUCAUGAUGAAUUCGGUGGUCUUACAGUUGGUGUACUAUGGAAACCAUCCACUCAUAAACAUGGUAACAUCGAUUAUGUUAAAAUAAUCGAUCAAUGGAAUUUGUUAGGAACAGGAAUUAUUAAAGAAAUUCGUACAUUUCCUGAGCGAUGGUGUUAA